AUGUCUACUCCUGGUUCUGGUAACGCUGCUGCUGGUGCUAAGCUCUUCAAAACCCGUUGCGCCAGUUGUCACACUGUUGAAGAGGGCGGUGCUCACAAGGUUGGUCCUAACCUUCACGGUAUCUUUGGCCGUCAAUCUGGUAAAGCUCCCAAUUACUCUUAUACUACCGCUAACCAAGAAAAGGGUGUCGUUUGGGAUGAGCAAACUCUCUUUGAUUACCUUGAAAACCCCAAGAAGUAUAUCCCUGGUACAAAGAUGGCUUUCGCUGGUUUCAAGAAGCCUAAGGACCGUGCUGAUGUCGUCGCUUAUUUAAAGGAUGCUUGCUAA